AUGCCCGUUCGCUUCAACUCAAUAGUCCGGUGUAAGGCAGCUGUUGCUGGCUUCGCGAGGCGUCUAUCGGCGACGCGCAUACGCCGCCGCCCGAAGUCCAAAGAAGACAUGUCUAUCGCCCCUACGAACACCUACACGCCUUCGACCGAGCGUCUCCCGGAUGCCGACCUACAUGUUGGUUGUGCUCCUCUACGGCAUCCUUCCCAGUUCUCGCUGCGGAAGUCGUCACGACGAUGUACAAGCAGUGCGUUGAUCAAGGAUGCGCUACUUGUCAGUCUGGAAGGACUCGCAGAAUCAGCCGACGCGUUUCCACCGCUCAAAAGCGCCAUUGGCGGCCUACUCUACCUCACAAAGCAGAUCGACCUUGUCUCCAACAAUCAAUCUCAGAUCGAAGCGAUAUACGCGCAAAUCAACAGCUUUACGGCGUCUUUGGCACACGCAGUCUCAGAUGCAACCUCUCUGUCGCAUGUACACAAAGAUGCCAUACGAGCACUUGCGGGUAAUCUGAACGAUGUUGAUAGAGACAUCAGAGACAUCAAGGUCGAAGGGAAGCACCCCAUUGUGCGCUUUCUACGCGCUAAGAGACACUCUGGCGACCUGCAAGACCUGUCACGCCAGCUCGAUCAAGCCGAUGCUUCGUUUCGCCGUACACUCCUGUCCAGCACAGAAACGAAGUGCACCCGGAUCCUAGACUGCGUCGAGACCAUACAUUGUCUGCAGACCGAGAUCCGUGAACUUUCUAGGUGCCGGUCGCAUAUCUUUUUUUUUUUGAUAGCGCGCUAG